AUGGUUUUCUGUCUCCUGACUGCAUCAUUUGCCUACGAGACGGCUGCAAUGACGCUUGAACUUUCAGAUAAUUUUAUAGGCUAUACGGUUUUGAUGUCCGUCGUAGUCACGGCUCUGCUCACUGCACUUGUACACUGUAUGGCCGCCAACGUGGAGAUGAUGUUCUACAAUGUGCAAACGGUCACGGGAAACAGGAACAAACACAUUAAACCGGAUGAGGUGGCGCGCUACCUCGACACCCCGGACAUAGCGACGGGCACGAUAACCCAGGUGGACCCGGCGAUAAAGCAGCGGCUGCUGCGCCACCUCGACAGCUGCGUGGCCGAGCUUGACCUCGACCUGGGCUCUCGACCCGACUCGGGCCUCGGCUCCAGUCCGGGCAGCGUCACCGACCGGGUCCUCGGCCCGGCCAGCCCCAACCCCCUCGACCACCACCCCAUCCCCGCCCUCGUCAAGCAGGAGCUCCCGGAACUCGAGGUAGCCGCACGGCCCGACAGCAGCACAGCCCUCCCCGGUGACGAGAACAACAACAACAACAACAACGGCACCACCAGUCGACCCACCUCGGCCUUUGGCCAACUCCACCCGCCCACCGCCCCAGCCCCCGGCAAUCCCGACCAACCCCCCAACGGCCAGCCCAACCCCAACAUGCUGUCCGUCGUGCAGGUGAUACCCUCGCGGUUGCCCGACGGCCAAGUGGUGUUCCUGCUGCCGAGUCACUACGUCCAGUUGGCCGCGGCGGCGGCAGCCAACGGGAUAAGCAUCGGGCCGAACCCGCCCACGGCCAUUUGGGCGGCGACCAACAUGUCCCUGCUCAAAGCGACCGACAAGCUCAUGAAGAGGCCGCUGUGCCCCACGGGCGAGGACCAACUGGCCCCCGACUGGCAGGACCAGGUCCAGUCCACGGGCCUCAAGCCCGGCAAGCUGUCGAGGCUCGAGUCCGAGCAGCCCCUCGACUUCACGACGAGCAGCGCCAAGAAGCUCAAGGCCGCGGCGGCGAGGUACGCGGCCCAACAGCAACAGCCCGAGUUGGCCACGGCUAUGGUCAGUUACCCGGUCCCCGAGGACUCGUCCCACGGGGUCGUUGUGGCAGCGGCGAGCGAGCCCGUCAAGGAGGAGCCCAAGAAGCCCGAGUGCUCGCAGGUGCCCACGCCCACGAGGACUCCCUCGCCCGGGCUCUCGCAGCCGACCGUCAAGGACGAGGAGGGCAUGUGGCGGCCCUGGUAAACCCGCCCGAGUCGACCCUCACCGCUUUUCCGAUACUUGUACACAUUAAUUCAUACACCCCUCCCCACCCCUACUUAUAUAUAUAUAUAAUGUAGGCGUCAUCUGUUAUUACUUUUUUAAGUAUAUAUACAUAUAACUACUCCCUUUUGUUACUUUUAUUUAUUUUACGUAUUUUUAGCAUUGGAUUUUUUGAUCGUGUUGUACAAAGUCGAUGUGGCGCAAGGACACGGAAAUAAAUAAAUAAAUGUACCUUUACAUACAAUAACGAGUUGGGUCGGUCAUCGGUUACGUUGAGCAAAAAACACUGCAAGAGAUUUUUUUUUUUUUUUUU